AUGCAUCUCUCUAUCUACGAACAGGAAUCGGACUAUUAUUCGUAUUCAAAAUUUCGUCGAUCGCAAUAUUAUGGUCGAUUUUUUAUGUAUCGUAUAUUUUUAACAGUGGCAUUUAUUUUAUGGGUUUGUCUUGGACGAAUGGACAAAGAUAAAUCUGUUCCAUUUGAACAAUAUACUGAUUCAUGGAAUAAACGACAACAACAGUUAAAAGCAAAUCAACUGACGUCCAAUCUUGACUAUGCUGAUUAUGUUAAAUCACAAAGAUUUGGAUCUCGGUAA